AAGGGCCGGCGUUGGGUCUCGAUUUAUAUUUCCCUCCAGAGGACAAAAUAGGUGGCCCCUGGAAUUCCACAGCUUGUAAAACGCGCCGCGGAAAACGCUAGUAGGCGUGCUGGAACUUAACCCCUUCCUUUCCGCCGGCCCAGAACGACUUUUAAGGGCGUCUUCCCCUGACUCCCUGUCCAUUCGCCCCAGAUUACUCCCGUAGCCAGAUUCCGUCUCGCCCGAUCACCUUCCAGUUCUGCUGUCCCCUCUGGAGUUUCUGGGGUGGUCGAUGGGCAGACCGCCCUGGCGGACCCUGGGUCCAGCCCCUCCUAACCCUCAUGGUCCACCUUAAGGAGCCUCCGCGGCCGGGAGUAGAGGCGGGUGUUUUGUUCUUAUAAGGAGGAAAAGUUUCUUUGACAUCCAGGAAAUGAGUAAGUCUGAAGCCCUUUAGAGCCUGUUGAUGGGGGCCAGAAGGCGGGAGCCGGCCGGGGUAUCGCCGUCCCCGUCCCUCUAAUUGCCGGGCCGGACGCUCAGCCGCAGCCGCCGCCAGACAGCGGAUUCGGGGCUCCCGGGACCCGCGAGCGCAGCCGGGGCUCGCGCGGUCUCUCCGGAGCCGGGGAGCGGGGACCAAAGCUGAACAAAGCACAUCCCCCUCCAUCCACGUGGCCUACCCCAUGACAUCAGCGGAAUGGAAGUACCUCACAGGUGACAUCACUGUUGCCCAAGGCAACACCUCCACCUUAAGUCAGACCCGGGGAACAGGAACCACCCAACUGUAAGACACGUUGACGUUGACGGGAAGGAGCUCAGAAGGCAUUACAUCCACAGGAAAGCUGCAGCCAUGGCGCUGGGGCUCUUCCGGGUGUGCCUGGUGGUGGUGACGGCCAUCAUCAAUCACCCGCUGCUGUUCCCGCGAGAGAACGCCACGGUCCCCGAGAACGAGGAGGAGAUCAUCCGCCAGAUGCAGGCGCACCAGGAGAAGCUGCAGCUGGAGCAGCUGCGCCUGGAGGAGGAGGUGGCGCGGCUGGCGGCCGAGAAGGAGGCCGAGAAGGAGGCGCUGGAGCGCGUGGCGGAGGAGGGCCAGCAGCAGAACGAGAGCCGCGCCGCCUGGGACCUGUGGAGCACCCUCUGCAUGAUCCUCUUCCUGGUGAUCGAGGUGUGGCGGCAGGACCACCAGGACGCGCCCUCGCCCGAGUGCCUGGGCGCCGACGAGGACGAGCUGCCCGGCCUGGAGGGCGCCCCCCUCCGGGGUCUCACCCUGCCCAACAAGGCCACGCUCGACCACUUUUACGAACGCUGCAUCCGGGGGGCCCCGGCCGACGCCUCCCGCACCCGGGAGUUUGUGGAAGGCUUCGUGGAUGAUUUGCUGGAAGCCCUGAGGAGCCUGUGCAGCCGGGACACGGACAUGGAGGUGGAGGACUUCAUCGGCGUGGACAGCAUGUACGAGAACUGGCAGGUGAACAAGCCGCUGCUGUGCGACCUCUUUGUGCCCUUCAUGCCCCCCGAGCCCUACCGCUUCCACCCAGAGCUCUGGUGCUCCAGCCGCUCGGUGCCCUUGGAUCGCCAGGGCUACGGCCAGAUCAAGGUGGUCCGGGCCGACGAGGACACGCUGGGCUGUAUCUGCGGCAAGACCAAACUCGGGGAAGACAUGCUGUGUCUCCUCCACGGCAAGAACAACUUGGUGCGGCCAGGCAGUGAGGCGGAAGACCCGCUGUGCGUCGGAGACUCCCCAUACCUGGACACGAUGCGGGUCCUGAAGUGGUUCCAGACGGCCCUCACCAGAGCCUGGCACCGCAUCAACCACAAGUACGAGUUCGACCUGGCCUUUGGCCAGCUGGACACCCCGGGGUCCCUCAAGAUCAGGUUCCGCUCGGGGAAGUUCAUGCCCUUCAACCUGAUUCCUGUGAUCCAGUAUGAUGACUCCGACCUGUACUUGGUCUCCCAUCUUACCAGGGAGCCCUGUGGGGGGACCCCGCCAUCCAGCACAGAUUGGCUCCUGUCCUUCGCUGUCUAUGAGCGCCACUUCCUUAGGAUGACCUCGAAGGCGCUGCCCGAGGGCGCCUGCCACCUCAGCUGCUUGCAGAUUGCCUCCUUCCUGCUCUCCAAACAGAGCCGCCUGACGGGCCCCAGCCGGCUCAGCAACUACCACCUGAAGACCGCCCUGCUGCACCUCCUGCUCGCCCGGCGGCCAGCCGCCUGGAAGGCUGAGCAGCUCGAUGCUCGUCUGCACGAGCUGCUCUGCUUCCUGGAGAAGAGCCUGCUGGAGAAGAAGCUCCAUCACUUUUUCAUCGGCAAUUGCAAGGUGCCCGAGGCCAUGGGGCUCCCUGAGGCCGUACGCAGGGCUGAGCCUCUCAACCUCUUCCGGCCCUUCGUCCUGCAACGAAGUGUCUACCGGAAGACAGUGGACUCCUUCUAUGAGAUGCUCAAGAAUGCCCCAGCGCUCAUUAGCGAGUACUCCCUCCAUAUUCCCUCAGACCAUGGCAGCCUGCCCUCAAAAGCUGUCAUCUUGUAGAGCAUCCACGACCCAGAGGGCCAGGACACAAGGCAUCCUACAUGUCCACACACUUGGGGGCAUGUGCAGGCCCUGUCCUGGGAAAAUGACAGGCUUUAUAGGGCGCCGUGGCUCAGCCUGCCGGGGGAGCCAGACCCUAUAGCACAAAGGAAACAGAAUUCCAAGCCAAAGCUGGUUUGCUUUCAUGCCAUUGGGACUUGCUGGUGAAGCUGUUGUCUGGGUUUGGGGACUGAUCCUUUGCAGCUUACUUUUGGAUCACCACCAAUGGCCAAGAUGAUGACAGAACUCUAUGGACGCUGAGUUACAGACAAUGCAAACAUCGAUUUGGGUGUGAUUCUUUUUACAUCCCAGGUCCAGUCUUUACUUGAAUAUCAACAAAAGAUCUACAGCAAUGCUAACAGGGACCCGUGUUAAGACCUUGCACCCUUGCACUCCAGUAACCCUUGACCCCAGGCAUCUGCAACCAAGCAGUGGGCACCAGUGUGGGAAUUUGCAGUGUUCCAUCCACAGCCUGCACAGUAGGGGUCCCCACUGUGGCUGCCAUUUUUAUACUAUUUGGAGAAAAGACCUAGAGAGAUUCAAGGCCCCAGGUGGCUAAUGUCUCUGUUACACGGAAGUGGGUACUUGGUGGCAGACAGAAGUUUAAGCUGGCUGUUGUUUCAGCUACACAUCUCACUCAGGGUGCACCCCCUUUUCUCUGCCCCUUCUCCCAGGAUGCUAUGUCCUGAACCCUGUGGGUGCCACAUACCAUGCUGGGUACAAGCAUGGUAUGUGGGCCCCUCACCCUCGUUAUUCUCUCCACAGCUGGUCUCUAUGGCCACCAGUAUGUUGGGAGGUGGGAGACACUGAAGAUAGACGAUGAGAGAGAAAGAGGAGCACAGGGUCACUGGGGCAAAGGGCAGAGCCUGGUACCUGGGGUGCUGGGGUCUGGUUUGCAGUGUGGCCUCUGAUGCCUAGUUCAGAGAAGGUCGUAGAGCUGAGAGGUGAGGGAUGCUGUAGCCCUGAGUUUUCCUCAGGGUUCCAAUCCUAGAGCAGGGCGUGCCUGGAAACAAGACUGCUGUGGAAACCCAGCUCCACAUGCAGGCCCCAAAAUUCCCUUGGCUGUUCAUUCCAGCGGGGCUCCCUCACUGCACAGAACCCUCCCUUCUGGAUGGACCUUCCUGGCCACACAGAUGACCAACACCCUAAGAGCCUGACAGAGGCUUGGCUGACUGGGACACGUAAGGACAGACUACAAGCACAGCCCUCAGACCUCAGAGAGGCCACCUUGGCACUGCUGUGCUGUGGUCCCUGGGCAGGCACCAGAGCCUGCGGUCAGAGCUGGCCUCAGUCUCCAGGCCUGGUUCAGAGGGGCUGGGAAGCCACUCCCUCCUCCAAUUAUGGCUUCACUUGCCCUUUGGGGGCUCCUCUCUUGGCAUUGCCUCGGUAACCUUUGCAGAGGGCCGAGGGGAAGCAAGAAUGAGUGCUCCUUUCCCAGCACUCUCCUUCCAUGGUUGAAGCUGGCCGUGCCUCCCAGACACGUACCCAAUUCCUCAGGGGUGUCGGGCUCACCAUGAACUGAAGAAAGGAUCCUGUCUCUACCCCAGGAGUGCUCUCACCUGGCCUCGGAGUGUUCUAGGAGAUGGACAGUUUGCCUGACAGGGUUAAUUCACAGUAGGAGGCUCAGCUGUUAUGGGGCAUCGAAGCCCAUAGGAAACUGUAGGAAGCUUCCUUCCAUGUGAGCUGGGGUUAGACUGAGCAGCACCUGGGUCUGCCCCUCCCCAGGCCCACAUGGUCUCCAACAGUAACCCCAAAGCCCCAUUUCCAGUUUGGGGGAAUUUCCUUAUUUAUUGUCACCCAUGCCUUUCCUUUCCCAUCCUCAUCCUCAUCUGAUGUGCUUUGAGGAGACCCCAGCAACCAAGAACCAGCCUCCAGAAGCCAAGACCAAGCCUGAAUCUCCCUCAGCUUCCCCUUUGCUUCCAGGAGAAAAUUCACUGAAAAAUUCCCUUCUGGCCUCUUGUUUAUACAGAGACAACAACUCAGCGGGGAAAUGGGGAUCUUUUAUGCACCAAAGCUGCUUCUGAAGCAGAGGGCGGUGGGACUCUUGGUGUUUCAUGCUGCCUUAUUUAUGUUAAAGGAAGAAUUAAAUUCUUGCAAGGAGUA